CGCGUUGGCAACACGUUCGUAGAAUGUUGUGAUUCUGUCCAAAAAAAAAAUAAAUAACAAAAGUCUACUCUUUUUCUCCAGAAUUUUCAGGGAUAAAGGCCAGUGUCUGGGAGACAUUAGCAGCUGAUAUAUUUAGCCAAGAUGGGUGAUGGAAUGCUAUCCCUGUCUUGGAACAAUCACCAUGCUACUUUCUGUGAUAUAUUGAGUAAAUUAAGAGAAAAGGAAAGCUACACAGAUGUAACACUGUCCUGUGAAGGAAAUUUUUAUCCUUUGCAUAAAUUAGUCUUGUCAACGUGUAGUGAAUAUUUUGAGAAAAUAUUUGAAAGAACACCAUGUAAACAUCCAGUGAUUGUGCUAAAUGACAUUAAGUGCAGAGAACUUGAGGCACUGUUGAGCUAUAUGUAUGCUGGGGAAGUAAGUGUGCCGCAGAGCAACCUAGCUAUGCUUAUAAAAGUGGCAGAAGUACUGCAGAUCAAGGGCUUGGCCGUGCCUGACACGCCCCCAGCUCCUGUCAAAUCUAAGUCAAGUUCUCUUGAGUCUGGGGCUGAGAGAGGCAGCCCACACCCUCCUAAAAGACGCAGGACAGAGGAAAGACUCGUAGACACCACCAGAACGAUGCAUGAAUCCACAAGUCCUAAUGUCAGAUUGAAUCCCACCGAGAAAGGGAGACAAGUGACCCAUGAAGAGGGACACCCCAGGAAAGGCCAGGAAGAAGCUCAAGACCCUCUUUCUGUAUCUGAGAUUGGGCAGGAAGAUUUUUAUGCUGCAGAAAUUAAAGAGGAAAUUAUCGAGGAUGUGGUUGACAGUGAAGGCACUCAUAUAGGAAGGACAGAUCACAGCAUAGAAUAUGAUGCUCAGCUUGCCCCUUUCAAAAGUGAGGGCAGUAGUAGAGACAGCAUAUCAGGACACACAGGCUCGGCAGAAUACAGUGAUCCACAGUUUGAACACCUCAACACCUCUGGACUGCAGACAAAUGAAAUGAACCCAGGACCCUCGGAAAUGAUUGAGUGGCAAGACGGCAUAGUAGAAUCGGACAUGACUUCUGGGGAAGGCUGCAGUGGGGUCGGCAUCCUUCAGCCGUCAUCACCCAUGUUGAGCCAGCAAACGCCACAGCUUCUAGCACAGCAAGGGGUGAAGUCAGCGAGUGUCAAAAAUGAAGCGAGAGUGGGAGCCAAGUCUUCCUCGUCCACCUCGGGCAAGAGCUAUAGGUGCCUUAGCUGUCCCUACAGUUUCCCGAGCCCCUCCCUCUUGAGGACGCACAUCCGGACACACACGGGAGAGAAACCCUUUUCUUGCUCCGUUUGCUCCUACCGCUCGGCCCGGAAGUAUGAUCUGAAGACCCACAUGUGGAUCCAUACCAAGGAGAAGAGCUAUAAUUGCUCCUUGUGCUCAUUCAAGACAGCCAACAAACAGAAGUUGAAAGUACACCUCAGGGACCACUCUAGUGAGAAACAGUAGUACUUGCUUUGACCUGCAGCAGGUGCUUGAAAACCCAAAUAUGAAGAGAUGAUGAUGAAACAGUUUAUUCUGUCCACAUUCUGAAGUUGAAAAUAAUCAGAUGUUUUCAAAUUUUCCUUUUAAUUUCAGAGGAUUGAGAAUGUGUCUUUAUUAUCUAAUCAUGAUGUUUUCAGUUCUGGGCAUUAAAUAGAGAUAAUUGUUUGAUUAUCAUAAAGAAUUUACUCAAUGAUAUGGUCAUAUUGAGUUAGUAAAGUAACAGAUAUUCUUUGACAAAUAGCUAGUACUCAAACAAAUUCAUCGGUUUUAUAUUUUGCCACAUCAUGUCACAAAAAUGUGUAAAAUACCUCUAAGAAAUUUCUAACCUAAUUGUAGAAUACAUGCUCUGAUAUCUGUCUGUUAGAAUGUAAAUGCAUAGUAUACCUCCUAUGAAAAUUGCUAACAGAAGGAUACAUAUUUAAAAAUUUGUCAUUGCUUAGCAUAUACUAUUUGUUCAGUUAAAAAGAAGAUUGGUUUGAUAAAGUUUGGUUAUUCUCAUUAUAGUAUUUAUUACUCCUAAAUACAAUAAUAAGGUUGGAGAAUUCUACAACAAUCAGGUAUUUCUAAUAUAGAAUUUUUUAUCAUUUGAUUUGUUAAAAGGGAGGAAAUGUAUUACAUAUAAGUCAUGAAGUACAUAAGAAAUAUGUAUAUAUCAUGUAUAGGAUCUUUAAGAUUGUAUGUUUUGAUAUUAAAUCUCUCAGUAAAGUAACUGGAGAAUUGAUUAGCAGACUGUAAUAGUAUUCCUUGACUAUUAAAUCUGUGUCAGUGA